AUGAAGAUUCCAAAAGGGUUUGCAAAGGAAGGAAAAACUAGAGUCUGUCGUCUUCGAAAAUCUCUUUACGGGCUUAAGCAAGCAUCAAGAAACUGGUACAGAAAGUUAACAAGUUUCCUUAUCUCCUUGAACUUCGAACAAUCAAAGGUCGAUCACUCCUUAUUCACUUAUCAAAAGGGAGGUGUCUAUGUUGCUAUCCUUGUUUAUGUGGAUGAYGUCAUCAUCGUUKGGGAUAACUCCGAYAAGAUUCAACAAAUAAAACAGCAACUUGACAAUGAAUUCAGUAUCAAGAACCUUGGCCCCCUGAAAUAUUUUCUUGGAAUUGAAGUAGCCAAAACGAGCGAUGGCUUAGUUUUGAGUCAACGAAAAUACAUCUUGGACAUCUUAAAGGACACCGGAAUGUUGGGUUGUCGGCCAAGUGCUUUUCCUUUCAAGCAAGGAACCAAACUAGACAAAGGAGAAGAAGAAGCUCGAGUGGAUGCUACCCAAUAUUGCAGACUUGUAGGAAGAUUGUUGUAUCUACAAGCUACCCGACCCGAUGUCACAUAUGCCGUGAAUGUUCUCAGUCAAUUUGUAUCGGACCCUCGUCAAAACCAUUUGGAAGUCGCAAAUCGGGUCUUAAGAUACUUAAAAGGAACACUGGGUCAAGGGAUUCUUCUUCCCCGCGAAGGACCUUCAAAUUUGACUGCUUACUGUGACUCAAACUGGCUUGGGUGUCCUUUCACAAGACGGUCCAGAACAGGGUACCUUCUUUUAUUCGGUGGCGGCCCCAUUUCUUGGAAAACGAAGAAGCAAUCAGUCGUCUCUCGGUCUUCGGCAGAGGCAGAAUAUAGAGCGAUGGCUUCCACUGUUAGUGAAGUCCUGUGGUUGAGAUGGUUACUCAAAGAUAUGCAAGUUCAACUCACAACACAAACAUCCUUGUUUUGUGACAAUCAAGCGGCUCGUCACAUAGCCAACAAUCCCGUUUAUCAUGAACGAACAAAACAUGUCGAAAUGGAUUGUUUCUUUGUUCGUGAACGUGUAGAGACCAGAGACAUCGAGCCACAACCAAUUGAAAGCAAACUUCAACUUGCAGACCUCCUGACCAAGGGUCUCGGCACGCAACAACUUCGUUCUCUACUAAACAAGAUGGGCAUUUGCGAUCUCCAUGCUCCAUCUUGA